CAACAAUUUCGACACAAUGCAUUCUUCUCAGCUAUCCAUGGUCAAUCACUCAAGUGUUAAAUCAUGACGCAUACAACUCAUAAAUUCCACGAUGUUCGCUCUCAGAUUCAGAAGUGCGGGGAAAGAACACCUGACAGGCAAGGGAUGCACGGAACUUAUUCACAUAUUUUCCCCGCACAUGAUUUACCACCACCUUGACAAUCCACUCAUCCCAUGGGCAUGAUUUCAGGAGUCAACCAUUUUGCGACAGCAACGACGACGACGAUAUGGCGAAAUCAUGACACGAGGAUGGGAUUCAAGGAGCUCCGGAGAGCGUCGCCAUGUUCAUCGCUACGCCAGCUGUACAUCGAAUCUCAGCGCGGGAACUGCGGAGAUAGGUAUACACCAACUUUACGUCGUGUCAAGAGUUUUUACAAUCCACCUAAGGACUUUGCGCUUGUUUUUUCAAUGUCGCUUUUGAAUCAUAAAGAUUCGAUGGUCGAGGUAAAAAUUGAUACGUCAAAUUUCGUGAUUACAGUUGAGAUACCAUUGCGAAUACACAAUCCUUACCAGUCAGUGCCGAUGGGGAAAAUUCUAGAAAGGGAGGAAUUAGAGUGUCCGGAAUGCGGUAGAGAAUUUAUGGGGGAGUACGGAGUGGAGGAUCUGGCGUGGCAUUUCAAUAAUGUGCAUUGGAAGAGGAGGGUUGAGAGAAAAAAAUGCUUGAGUAUGGGUUAGGAGACUGGUAAAACAAAUCGACUAUUGCAAAAAGUUAUAGAACCAUGGAUUCCAGAAUACCUUGGAUCGAGAUUGACAUUGAUAAUCAGAGUUUCUUUACGAUUUCUACUAUCCGGAACCAUGACCUUUAGAGUCAGUCUACUUCUCCCCACAAGAAUAGAAGGCACGAACGUUCGUCCUUCGCACCUGUCAUCAAUGAAAGUAAUUCAGAAACGCUGACUUUCCGCCCUAAAUCCGUUCACUUCACACCAGCUCAAACGUAUGCAUAUUGACUACAUUAAUAUAGUUUUAAUAGUUUGAGCUCGAUUGUAUUACUUUGGAUAUCGAAUAUUGAGCAGUGUAUCCUUUCUUACACAAAAAUACCGCUCCUUGAGAGACAUGGAUCUUGCCGAAGACAGCCCAUAUACGACCAUGGACGGGAAUGUCGCAUCUGCUCCUGCUGAAAAAGAAAUGCAGCAUCGGUCAAAUUCUGGUGGAAUGAUGGAUGGUAUUAUGGGUAAAGAUAGGCUAGAUGAAGAUGUCUCUGAAGAACGAUGCAGCCGUUCAGGCUGUCCCAGUCGAUUCAAAAAAGACGGUUUCAGUUGCAAGGAAUGCCAGUCGCAGAUAUAUUGCAGUAACGUAUGCGCAGAGAGGCAUUGGCCGGAACACAAACUUACUUGCGAGUGUCUUAAUUAUGUUCCGAGCAUCGACAUGUGUCUCGAGAGAUAUCGCAACAAUCGGCCUGGUUGUAUCAUAUCCUGUCCAGCAAGAGCCACCUUUGAGGACUUUCACCAAGCACUCAGCAUCUCCUUGCCUUGUCUUGAACCUAUAUACCGCUUUUACAUCUUUGACAGGGGCCAGAUAAAUGCUGCGAUUAGCCAUUAUCCACGACCUGAAAAGAUUAUUACGAGACCGGGAUCAAACUCUAGUGUAUUAGAUCAUCGCCCUGAUCUACGACCAUUACUAGAAGACAGUCAACGGAUAUUCCUUAUUGAUGUUUUAUGCAAACAUCCAUAUGAACAGAGCCAAAAGAUUAUUCAUUACAUAUGUCAUAACCGCAGAAUUCAGAAGACCUGGCAGUAUAUGACCUUAUUCAUGGACAGAGCACCAAUUUCUCCAUUUCUGCUUAUGUGGAGUGGUGCCUUUCGAUGUAUAGAGGAUUAUGGCAAAGGCCAAAAUUUUAUGACCUUGAGACUUGCAUAUGAAGCUUCUGAACCGACACAAGAACAGAGAGAAUUGCUCUCUUGGUACGAAUCAAUCGAAGACUCGAAGGCUACCAGAGAAGGAAUCAACCAAACUCUGAGCCGUAUCCGAACUUCCACUCGUCCCUCUUAUACCCAUUCUUCCCAUACCGAAGCAGAAGGCUUUUACUAGUUGCAAAUUAUGAUUUGAUCCAGAACAAAUGGAAGAGAAGUAUUAAAGUUUCAAUUUAACUUGGUGAGGAGGGGGCGAGAGAAAGACUAUGCAAAUUAAGCCUGUGACGGUGAUAGGUACAAGGUCUAUUAUGUAUGUAUAGUAUAUGCAAACUUCAGAGGAGUAAGAGCAUUUGGCAUGAGUCAAUACACACAAC